AUGGGUGUAGAAAAAGUAGUAGAUAGUAUAGUAGCUGGCUGGCCGACUGGAUUAAUAAUUAAAGUUGGUAAGGAUCAGCUGCUGUAUAAAUAUAGUAGCCGAAAAACUGGUGGUAUUACAACUGAAGUAUUAAUAUUUCAUUUACAGAUAAAACAGCCCAGUACACCCACUCUGGAUUUACAGCAGCUGGAGCAAUAUUCCACAGUAAAUCAGCAUAUAUUUUCAGAUGCUAAGAAUAGGGUAAUUAACAACAGCUACUGUAUCUUGCCUGCAUCUAUUAUAAUUGUUAAAAUUAACAACAGCUACUGUAUCCUGCCUGCAUCUAUUAUAAUUGUUAAAGUUAACAACAGCUACUAUAUCCUACCUGCGUCUAUUAUAAUUGUUAAAUCUAUUAUAAUUAAUAACAGCUACUGUAUCCUACCUGCAUUAACAACAGCUACUGUAUUCCACCUGCGACAAUACACCCGGACAUUAAUAAUAAUUAAUAACAGCUAUUAUAUUCUACCUGGUCUUAAAGUAGUCUAUUAUAACUAUUAUAUCUCGCCUGCAUUUAUUAUAACUACUAUAUUCUGCCUGCGGCGAUACGCCCGGACAGCAGAUAGUAUAGCAACUCUAAUACAGCAGAUUUUAAAAAUCUAUUAUAAAAAUCCAUCUACCAGCACCUAUAGCUGGGCUACCAGCAGCUGCUGGUCCCCAUCUAUUGGCCUUUUUUACUUUUAA